GGGAGCGCGCGUGGAGAGCGCGUGAGUGAGUGUGUGAAUGUGUGUAUAGGAGUGUGUUUAGGAGAGUGUGUGAGAGACUGAGGGGUUACGACCACGCGGACUGAUCCUCUGCAGCAUGAGCACUGACACAGGCGCGCGCACGGCACGGACACACACACGGCGCACGAGCCUCUGGAGCUAAGAUACACACACACAACCACAUAAACAUCACUGAGGACUACACACUUACACUGACACACUUACAAACAUACUGACUAUACUGAACUGAACUUAAAGAUAUUAAACCUGAUCUGCAUCAGGAGCUGCACAUGCUGAUGGCGCAAAGGUACGAGGAUUUAGGGCAGUACGGUGGAGUAGAUGGAGUGGGGUUGUAUGCGGACCCCCACGGCCCGCGGGCUCUGGGGCACCUGCACCAUGCUCCCCCACAGGGCCACUACGGCACACACACGCCACACAGCAUUAUGGGUACGGGCAUGGGUACGGGAAUCAACGACUCACUGAAGAGAGACAAGGACCACAUUUACGGUCACCCCCUGUUCCCCCUGCUGGCGCUGGUGUUUGAGAAGUGUGAGCUGGCCACCUGCACCCCCAGAGAUCCUGGAGCAGGAGCCGGAGGAGAUGUGUGUUCCUCACACUCCUUCAACGAGGACAUCGCCGUCUUCGCCAAACAGAUCAGAGCAGAGAAACCUUUAUUUACGUCUAACCCAGAGCUGGACAAUCUGAUGAUUCAGGCCAUCCAGGUGCUGCGGUUCCACCUGCUGGAGCUGGAGAAGGUGCACGAGCUGUGUGAUAACUUCUGCCACCGCUACAUCAGCUGUCUAAAGGGGAAGAUGCCCAUAGAUCUGGUGAUUGAUGACAGAGACGGCUGCAAGUCAGACUUUGAGGAGCUGUCAGGAUCAACAAACCUUACAGACAACCCUGCAUCCUGGAGAGAUUUGGAUGAUGCCCACUCCACUCCCUCAGUCGGGACCCCAGGGCCUUCCAGUGGGGGUCUCGCUUCACAAAGCGGAGACAACAGCAGCGAACUGGGAGAUGGUCUAGAAAACAACUUAGCAUCCCCGGGAACAGACGAGGACGACCCAGACAAGAAAAGACAGAAGAAGCGAGGGAUUUUUCCCAAAGUGGCAACAAACAUCAUGCGGGCUUGGCUCUUCCAGCACCUCACACACCCCUACCCCUCUGAAGAACAGAAGAAGCAGCUAGCUCAGGACACAGGCCUCACCAUCCUCCAAGUGAAUAACUGGUUUAUUAAUGCCAGGAGAAGGAUAGUUCAGCCCAUGAUUGACCAGUCCAACAGAGCAGUGAGCCAGGGAACCCCGUACAGUCCGGAUGGGCAGCCAAUGGGAGGCUUUGUUCUGGAUGGUCAGCAGCAUAUGGGUCUACGACCUGCAGCAGGUCCAAUGGGUGGUAUGGGCAUGAACAUGGGCAUGGACGGACAGUGGCACUACAUGUAACCCUCCAGACCGGCACCAUGAACAGGGUUUUCACAGCAGCUCUUCGGGAAGCUCCAGCACUGGCCGAGGAGCGCUACAGACCAACUCAAAGCACCUGUCCUCGUUAGACCACACACACAUGCUCACUCUUCGCUCUGCAUGGUGCUCCGGACCCCCACGCCCUCCCUCCCCACCUGCCCAGACCCAGCCUGGAGAUACACACCAACACGGGACCACCAGAGGAGCUUAAAAACUCUAAAAGAAAGACUAAUGAAAGGUCUGUCUGAGACCAGGCCUGCUCAGUUUGUUUGUUUAAACAUGACUGCAUUGUUUAUUUGGAUUAUUAUUAUUAUUAUUUAUUUAUUUGCGUCAUAUUUGAUCAUGAGGACCAGAACGUCUGGACACUUUUUCUCACUGUGGAUAAACUGAAACACACACACACACACACACACACACAGAGAAAGACACAAAGGUGCACUAAGAGUUCUCUGAGCAAUGCCAUAGAAGAACCUAUUUUAUUUCCCUGAAGAAGAGAGGAACAAGAAGCAGGAGUUUAUAGAACCUUCACACAAUGUAAAGAAAACAUAUACGGUAAAAAGAUUCUUCUUAUUUGCACAGUUGUCUUUUCCAUAAAUGGUUCUCUGCAGGUUCUCCAGGAUUCUUCUGUGGCAAUAAAGUUAGCAAUGGGAGCUAUCUGGACUCCUUCGAACUUCGCCCUGAAGUUUAUGCGCCAAAACGCUUGUGCUUGUAGUAUUUCUAAAGCUUUUCGCCCCAACAAAAUACAUCAACAGAUGGCUUUAGAUUGCUACUUUAAGCAUCACUAUCUUGGAAAACUGAAUUUUCAUCGUCUUGUUUUUGUAAUAAAUGAGUUUGAAGUAAAAUGUAAAUAUUGUUUUAA